AUGGACACGAGGCGUAGUAUGGAUUCACCACCAAUUCUGGUCAGUUGCAAGUCGAUAUUACGCGGUAGUACGGAAAACUCGCGUCUACGUCCAGACAGGCAGUUGUCAAAGUCGCAAUCUAUUAUUGAUUCAAAUGAUCCAUCAACAGCGAAGGCAAGUUCAUUAGAUGAUAGUCCACCGGGUGCCAACAAGAUGGUUUUUUCGGAGGGUGUGACUUCGUUGACAUUUAUCCAGUCAUCUGUCAAGAAAAAAGAUCCUCGAGCAAAUUUCUGCCUUUGGGUUGGUACUUCUGCGAGCACAUGUAUCAUCUAUUAUUUACUGAUCCCAGCAGAUCGGCUGAAUUCAGCAGUUUCUGUGGUUCAUAGCGGGUCGGUGGUUCAUACGCGAGGACGUAUGUUAUACACGACAUUGAUGGAUCGAAAUUUUCGUUUGUUAGAAGGUGCAGCUGAAAGUUAUCAUGAAAAAAUGAUUGCGAAACCCAAAGAAGGUGAUCGGAAUCAUUCAGAAGAAAAUUUUCCAAAUAAAGUUCUUACAAAAUGGAGUCUUUCACCAACUUGCUCGAACGCUACAGAAUAUUCUGGAGAGGAUGAUUUUUUGCAGUUUGCUGUUUUGGUUUCUGAGGAUGAAGUACAUACCGUUGCACUACCAAACUUCAAUUUUUUAUUUUUAUAUCGUCCGGAAUUUCCGUUCGUUAAGGCACGGGCAACACAUAUCCAUGGCUAUCCUGUGCUAAUGAUAUUAAAUGGCGCAGGACAAAUUGUUAUACUAAGCCUUCCAAGUUUAAGGCUUCUUUUUUGCUCAAAUCUUUUCCGUCAUUCCGUUGAUUACGAUGACCCCAUAUGCUUCAAGACAUCCUUUGCCGAACAUGGAUUGGGUAUGUACACGAUAACGCCAUCAGAGAUCCAGAAAUUCACGGUUUGCUCCGAACUGACAAAUCAAGUACACGGAUCGGCUGGCGAGUUGUUUGUGCCUGUUGAUAUGCCUGAACAACCAAAAAGUUCAUUUCUGAAAGGGAUGUCAACCUUAUUUGCCAGUCAGAAAGACAGCUUUGAUUUGGAUGCUCUGCUUUUUGACAAAAAUUCCAACUCGGUGGCCGGCAGCAAUAUGCGUUCUAUUGCAAAAACGAUACCUGGUCCAUCAAGCAUGGAGCAUGCUACAGCACGCGGUGUAUCAGCAGGUCAAGCUGCAAACAUGGCUUUACAGGCUUUAAAUGAGCGUGCAGAAAAGCUGAAUAUAACCGUGGAUGCAACAGAACGACUUAAAGAAAAUGCAAUGACUCUUUCGCAACGAACGGGAAAGCUAGUGGAAAAGUACGAAAAGAAAAAAUGGUACAAUUUCUAG